AUGGGCCGAUGUCGUCCGCUCUUUGGAGAAGUUACUGUUUUUGUCGCCUACGUGAAGAGUUCCAUGGAAACGCACUACCAAGUUGCUCAGCAGUCACUCGAGUGCUAUCUUAGAGGAGUGAAUUACACGGUGCUGAUGGUGGAGCUGAAUGAGGACACCCGUGUGAAGGAACGAUGCGCAAGAAAUCAACAGCUGUUCUUUAAAAAACACUGUGCAGCUGCUGCAUACUUAGCGGACACAGAUUGGAUGCUCGUUCUGGACGCCGAUACUGGUGUCGUGAAUCCGAAUCACUGUAUCGAGGAGUGGAUAGAUGAUCGAGUCGACAUAAUUUUCUACGAAAGGUUCUUCAACUGGGAAAUAGCUAGUGGCAACUACUUGGUGAGAAACACUGAAUUCGGAACCAACUUUCUGAAAUCAUGGGGAGAGUACGAAUUUAGUCAACCGUUAAAUUGGAACGGCGCAGAUAACGGAGUGCUACAGCUGCUUAUUUUGAAGACCGUGAUGCCAGACGCUUGGCAUGAGGCAAAAAACUGCGACAAAGUGUGGCGCAAUUCCACUGGUUACGAAUCCUAUCUGAGAUAUGUCUCUUGUGUCAAACAAAUGUUGGGCGCGACAAGGGUUUGGCCAGGUAAAGUGAGAAUCUAUAGAAGAGCACAUGGCUGGGUUCGCGACGGUUUCCUCACUAAUGACAGAUGGAGUAAUGCAGACUUCAUGUUGCACGGCUGGAAGUUGCAAAAAGUGGGUGAUGAAGGAUGGGAGAGCCCAUUUAAGAACAAUCUUGACCCUUCCAAAUGUGGAGUCGGGUUCGAGGGAUGGAAUUGGAUUCCUGAAAAGCAUGUGAACUCCUCCGUCAUUAGGAAAGAACUGGCAGCGUUUGAGAGGCAUUCCGGAAUAACGUACCCAGUCGAGGCGAGGUCCCUCGUGUACAUUUCCAUGCCCGACGUCGGAGAGUGCUACCCAUAUUGUGAGAAUGGAGCUUGA